AGCCUGCUUGGAACGGGAGGGAGGAAGCCGCUGGGGAGGGGGUCGCGGCCGCGCAGGCGCAGUGUGGCGGCCGGGCCGAUCCUGUGUGUGUGUGUAUGUGAGAGUCUGACGGGUUCAAAAUGGCGGCGGCUGCUCCUGUAAAAGGACAAAGGAGAAGAAGAGACCUGGAGGAAGAGGAGGAAGACAGUAGCCCCGGAGUGUCCUUCUCACUCUCUUCAGAAGAGUCAGAGAUGGAGCCUGAGGAAGAGAGGAUCCGUUACAGCCAAAGAUUGGGGACAAGAGCCAGAUCCCAAGGGGUUAAAAGGAGCUGGUCUCUUUCACUCCCAUCUUGCAGGAGGUGGCACGCUGCAAGUGUGCAUCUUGCAAUGAACAAUGUGCGUGGCACAAUGAGGCGGCGCUAUGAAGAUGAUGGCAUCUCGGAUGAUGAAAUUGAAGGAAAGAGGACAUUUGACCUGGAGGAGAAACUCUCCACCAACAAAUUCAAUGCCAACUUCGUCCUCUUUAUGGAAGGCAAAGACUUCAAUGUUGAGUACAUCCAGCGGGGUGGCCUGAGAGACCCUCUGAUUUUCAAGAACUCCGAUGGGCUUGGAAUAAAGAUGCCAGAUCCUGACUUCAGUGUGAAUGACGUGCGACUGUAUGUAGGGAGCCGGCGGAUGGUGGAUGUCAUGGAUGUGAACACGCAAAGGGACAUUGAGAUGUCCAUGGCACAGUGGGCACGCUACUAUGAGACCCCAGAGGAGGAGCGGGAGAAAUUGUAUAAUGUCAUCAGCUUGGAGUUCAGUCACACAAGGCUGGAGAACCUGGUGCAGAGACCUGCUACGGUGGAUUUGAUCGACUGGGUCGACAACAUGUGGCCAAGACACCUAAAGGAGAGUCAAACAGAGUCUACAAAUGCCAUUCUGGAGAUGCAGUAUCCCAAGGUGCAAAAGUAUUGUCUGAUGAGUGUUAAGGGCUGCUACACAGAUUUCCAUGUGGACUUUGGCGGCACCUCCGUUUGGUACCACAUCCACCGAGGGGGAAAGAUCUUCUGGCUGAUCCCGCCAACGACCCAGAACCUGGAGCUAUACGAGAAUUGGCUGUUGUCAGGAAAACAGGGGGACAUCUUUCUUGGUGACAAAGUGUCAGACUGUCAACGAAUUGAGCUCAAGCAGGGCUACACGUUCGUCAUCCCCUCAGGUUGGAUCCAUGCUGUGUAUACUCCCACUGACACUUUGGUUUUUGGGGGCAAUUUCCUGCACAGCUUCAACAUCCCCAUGCAGCUAAGGAUCUACAACAUUGAAGACCGCACAAGGGUCCCAAAUAAGUUUCGCUACCCCUUCUACUAUGAGAUGUGUUGGUAUGUGCUGGAACGCUAUGUUUACUGCAUCACCAGUCACUCCCACCUGACGAAGGACUUCCAGAAGGAAUCACUCAGCAUGGAUAUGGAGUUGAGCUGCUUGGAGCCGGGAAACAUGGAUGAAGAGGAUGAUGCAGCAGGGAGGGACCCCAGGCGCCCAGUCACCAGACGAUCAAUUCUCACAAGCCCUGUGGCUAACGGUGCCAACCUAGACUAUGAUGAACUAAGCAGAGGCUGCAGGAGCCUGCCAGGCCUCAAGAGAACUCUGUCUAUGGAUUCGUCUGACUCCAGCCGGGGCUCCCACAAUGGUCAGGCCUGGGAUCCCCAUGGCAGCAGUCCUUUCAAGUACAGGAAGGUGCAUCUGACCCAGUUCGAACUGGAAGGUCUACGCUGCCUGGUGGACAAGCUGGAGUCGCUGCCUCUGCACAAGAAAUGUGUCCCCACGGGCAUAGAGGAUGAGGACGCCCUCAUUGCUGACGUUAAGCUGCUGCUGGAAGAGCACGCGAACAGCGACCCAAAACUGGCACUUACAGGAGUCCCUAUCAUCCAGUGGCCCAAGAGAGACAAGCUAAAACUCCAGGCCCGGCCGAAGGUGCGCCUGCCCACCAUCCCCAUCACCAAGCCUCACACCAUGAAGCCAGCCCCACGCCCGGCACCUGUGAGACCCACAGUGUCUCCGAUAGUGUCAGGAGCACGACGGAGGCGGGUGCGGUGCCGUAAAUGCAAGGCCUGCAUGCAGGGCGAGUGUGGCAUGUGCCACUACUGCAGGGACAUGAAGAAGUUUGGGGGGCCUGGUCGCAUGAAGCAGUCCUGCGUCCUCCGGCAGUGCUUAGCGCCUAGGCUGCCUCACUCGGUUACGUGCGCGCUUUGCGGGGAGGUGGAUCAGAAUGAGGAUUCGCAGGACUUUGAGAAAAAGCUCAUGGAAUGCUGCAUCUGCAAUGAGAUAGUUCACCCUGGCUGCCUGCAGAUGGACGGAGAAGGGCUGCUGAAUGAUGAAUUGCCCAAUUGCUGGGAGUGUCCAAAGUGCUACCAGGGUGAUGAGUUGGAGAAGGGCCAGAGAGCCUGUCAACAAGCAAACUCCAGAAUCCUGCAGAAGAAACGACUCUUCAAAGGGCACUGGCGCCCAGAUCCUGCCACCAAGCAGCGAGCAGACUAUGUGCGGCACCGGCUGGCCAAGUGGAGGCUGGCAGCGCUGCCUAGGCGGCAGAACUACGGUUACCAGCUCAUCCGUAGAACUGUGCCUGUUGCCCCAGAGAGCAGUGUCCCAGCAGAGGCAAGCAAGAAGCGGAAGAUGGAGGAGAGUGAUGAGGACACAGUGCAGGCCAAAGUCCUGCGGCCCCUGCGGAGCUGCGAGGAGCCCCUGACACCCCCACCGCACUCACCCACCUCCAUGCUGCAGCUGAUUCAUGACCCGGCAUCACCGCGAGGUGUGGUGACGCGCUCAUCCCCGGGGGCUGGCCCCAGUGAUCACCACAGCGCCAGCCGGGAUGAGCGUUUCAAGCGGCGGCAGCUGCUGCGGCUCCAGGUCACGGAGCGCACUAUGGUGCGGGAGAAGGAGAACAACCCUAGUGGCAAGAAGGAGCUGUCAGAAGUGGAGAAGGCCAAGCUGCAUGGCUCCUACCUUACGGUCACGCUGCAGAGGCCCGCCAAAGACCUGCACAGCACUUCCAUCGUGCCCAAGCUGCAGGCCAUCACCGCCUCCUCCACUAAUCUGCGGCACUCUCCCCGUGUGGUCGUGCGCCACUGCCCGGCCAGGACGCCCCAGCGGGCUGGGGAGGAGGAGGCAGCAGACGAGGAGGAGGCAGCAGACGAGGAGGAGGAGGAGGAAAGCGUGGAAGAGGGUGGGGCGGCCCGGUUGAAUGGCAGAGGCGGCCGAGCGCAGGAUGGCGAAGAGAGCUGGAUGCAGCGCGAGGUGUGGAUGUCCGUCUUCCGCUACCUCAGCCGCAGAGAGCUCUGCGAGUGUAUGCGGGUGUGCAAGACUUGGUACAAAUGGUGCUGUGACAAGAGAUUGUGGACGAAGAUUGAUUUGAGCAGGUGCAAGUCCAUCACUCCCCAGGCCCUGAGUGGCAUCAUCAAGAGGCAGCCAGUCAGCCUCGACCUUAGCUGGACCAAUAUCUCCAAAAAACAGCUCACCUGGCUUGUCAACAGGCUGCCAGGCCUGAAAGACCUCAUCUUAGCAGGCUGUUCCUGGUCUGCAGUCUGUGCGCUCAGUACCUCCAGCUGCCCCCUUCUCAGGACCCUCGAUCUUCGGUGGGCAGUAGGAAUCAAGGACCCUCAGAUCCGGGACUUGCUCACGCCUCCCACAGACAAACCCAGUCAAGACAAUCGCAGCAAACUCCGUAACAUGACAGACUUCCGGCUAGCUGGUCUGGACAUCACCGAUGCCACGCUCCGGCUCAUCAUCCGCCAUAUGCCCCUGCUCUCACGACUCGACCUUAGUCACUGCAGCCACCUUACGGACCAGUCGGCCAACCUCCUAACGGCCGUGGGGUCUUCCACACGCAAUUCGCUCACUGAGAUCAACAUGGCAGGUUGCAAUAAGUUGACAGACCAGUCACUGCUGUACCUGCGGCGCAUCUCCAACCUCACCCUGAUCGACCUGCGAGGCUGCAAGCAGAUUACCCGCAAGGCCUGCGAGCACUUCAUCUCAGACCUGUCCAUCAGCAGCCUCUACUGCCUGUCCGACGAGAAGCUGAUCCAGAAAAUCAGCUAGAGACCAACCCCAGGCAGACUGAAGAGAAGGAAAGAUCCCACCCCACCCCUCUCGGAGAGGCGCUCCUCCUCCCCAGCCCUGUCCUGCUGUGAGGCCAACAUCAUGCACUCCUCCAUCACCCACCUCUGCAGGCAGGGCAGUGGCCAGCCCCACUCCACUGGGUCUCCUCCUCCUCCUCUUCCUGGGACUUCGGCAGGGGAAGGGGGUCCUGCCAGACUGACCCAUAGCUGAGGAGGAAUGGGCUGUGGCCAGGGGAGCUCGUUCUGGAGCCUGGCUGCUGUUAGUCUGAGGUUGUGCAGAGGUAUCCGUGCAGGGAAAUGUGCCCCUCUUUUCUCCCUGCCUUGGCACCCCAAAACAGAUUUCACUUCCUACUCAGAAUGGGCAAGGGGAGUGUCCUCCCCCUGGAAAAGAGAUUGGAGCUGGAUGGUAUGAAACAAGCAUGCCUGGUCUCUCCAGUACCACCAUCACGUGUGGCUAUUGGACCUAUGGCUUGUUAUACUUGGCACACGUGCCACAGCUCUGCCCCCUGAGCUUUUCCUCCUCUUGGCCUGGCCUCACUAAAGUGACUAGGGUUUGCCUCCUGCAGCUUGUAUGCAGAGGGCAAGAGCCCCAUGGCAGUGGGUUUUCAAGGCUAGGUAUCUCCCAUGGCUAGCCAAGCUUCCACUCCAGAGCAGCGCUCGCCUGCUCAGAGCACCAUCUAUCCACACCCCCAUAAGGAUGAGUGUUCAGCCCUUCUGGAAGGGCUGGAGGUGGGUGUCUGCAGAGGCCAAGUCCAUCAGAGCUCAGGGAGAACUCAAAAGGUUUCCAGAGGGGUUUCUAGAUCCUGCACAGGGUGGGCUACAUGCUCUUCCCCCCCUUCCCCCCCCCCGGGACAGGCUAGUAUCAUUGAGCACUCUUGGGAUGCUGCGACCAGAGGAGAGGAUCCUUCUCCAUCCUGUCACCCAGCGUGUAGCUGUCUGCUCUCAAACUGGGAGACGUGGAGGGGGGUGUGAAAGUCCCCAUCCCCCUACCCCUUUAGCUGCCACUUUUCCUUUGCAAUGAAUGGUCGGUCCAAAGAACCCUCUCUCUUGGGCAGCAGAGAGCUUUUUGCACUUUAAAAAGAAAGGUUGGAAUCUUAUUUUGGGUCAUUUAUUUCCCCUCCCCCCAAAAGUGACUGGACGCUCCCCUGACUGCCUGAGCUUGUCGAUGUUUAAUGCACAGUUUGCACUCUGCUCUCUUUCUGCCCCCCAAAUCCCCUCCUCCUAAGCAUACUGAUAGCACAAAACCAGCCUGCCACGUGUUCCCCCAGCCCCUCUCCAGCCUUACAGGGGAAAAAGGAACUCUCUAAGCAGCAGGGAAAAGGGGGAGGGACGAGCGUUUGUGAAACCUCAAAGGAGAAUCGACCAGAUGCACCCUCACUGCUUCAAAAGCAAUAAGGGAGGCAGAAGCAGCUGUCACCCCUCCAGCUCUCCCCACAGCCUGCUGGCUCCGAAUUCUCUGGCACCAAUGACUUCUGCUGCUGCAGUGUUGGCUGGGGGUGGGGGGGUGUCUUUGUUUAGAUCCACUGAACGCCCAGUGGAGGGCUCAGGUCCUGUGCUUCCCCCGCCUCCAUAUCGUGAGCCUGCUUGCUUGCUGACUGGAACGUGCAAGUGUGAUGAAUUCCGCAGUGCCUCGGUACGUGGGAGUUUUGCUACAAUGGAUUCUUAGAGUUUUGGGUGGGGGAGCCCACUUUAUCUGACCUAGGAGUGGAAGCUUUCUGCCCUUUUGUUUUUGGUUACUCCUGUGGAAAACAGAAGAAUCAAACUACUUAUUUUUUUUCUUUUUUUAAAGAAAGGCAGGGGAAGCUAUACACAGGAGACAUACGUGCAUCUGACCUGGGGGACGCUCUGGGCCCAAGGAUUUUUGGGCUGGCUUUUCAUUUUCAGUUUGAAAAACAAAAGCAUCUUAGCUACUGUCACAUAUGCAUUCAGCGCUGAGCAACAGCAGAUCAGGUGUCCAUGGUAGGCAGGAGGAGGAGUCGAGUUGAUUGGGUGGAGGAAGUGGUCAGUCUUUUAACUUUGCUGUGCCACAGCCUUCUGAGACACAGCCUUCCACUAAGUCUGUGGCUUCAGAGACUUAAAAAAUUAAAGGUGUGAUACUCGUUCCUGUAGCUGGCCACCAUCUUGGAGGGCAAGGGAUGAAAAUCCACAAAGGAAAGAAGAAAGAAAAAAAAAUAUAUAUAUAUAUGAAAUCACUUAGUGAUUUAAAAAAAAACAACCCUGCUCCCUAAAUAAAACUCCCUGAAGAAAGUCACUUGGUUUAAAGGGUUUUGGUUGUGUUUUUUGUGUUUUUUUUGUUUUUUUUUCCCCCCAGAGAAAUAUUGUAAAUAUAUAUUUUUUGUUGGCAAUUUAGAGUCCAUCUCCAACAUUCGUGCUUUAAAAUUAAAUGUAAGCAUUAAGGGUAAAAGAAAACAAGUCUUAUGCUGUUUGGGUUGGGGGUUAUUAUUUGGGGGCAAAGGGAGGGGGAGCUAGUUGGAAUUUUUUUGUUUUUAUUUUCUCUUGUAAGCAUUCUCCAAUACUGGUUUUAGAGAGAAUCUUUGCUCAUAACCUAUUACCACAUGAACAGGAGAGACAUUUGUGGGGGAGGGAGGGGAAGAUACCAGCCUCUGAAGGGAAAUAUUUUGUUUCUUGGGGGUGGAUUUUUGGAAUAAAAGUUUAAAGAAAA